GGAAGAUUGUUCAGAGGGAAUUCGUACAUUCACCCUUCAAACGGCGUUCGGGAAGAACGGUCAUCCUGAUGAUGACGCCCAGGGUGUCAGAUUGGCUUGGAAAAAGUUCUGAGGUUUCGGCAAUCAAGCUACCAUGCUUCCGUUUUACACGGCAAUAACAUCAGAUUUAGAACCGUCUGUUCUCUUGCGGAGCUUCUUCGAUGACUGGGAGAGAUUGGUGCCGCCAGCCAAGUGUUUAGAUGUGCAGCAGGAGCAUCGUAUUUCGAUGCCGAUAGCAUAUGUUGGCGAUGACGAGGACCGCACUCGAACUUCAGAAUUGUUGGUUGAUGUUGCUACGGAGGGUGCUACUGGAGGGCUUGACCCUAACUACGUUCCUGAGCAGCAAGACCCCUCAGGUGCUUAUGAAGAAUCCGAGCCGGAAGGUGAAGCUGUCGAAAGCAGACAUGCGGAGGGGGCGGUCACCGAGGUGGCUGGGCUCCAUGAGGACGACAAGGAAAAGGUUGUCGAUCUGGACGUCGGGUACUUUCUGGAAUGGAAAGAGGGUAUAAAGAAAGAUGUCACUCUUUCUAUCAACCCGGAGAGGGUAUUGGAGUUGCCGGCGUGGGAAAGGCCGUACAAUCAUUGUUCGAUCAACCCAACGCACACGACAUAUAUAUUGCGGUCUAUGAUGGAUGCCUUCAAGAAGAAAGGAAAGACGUACGAGAAGCCAAUUUUGAAAUUGGCGCCAAUCGCAGGGCUUCCUAGCCCCGGACAGAAGGCUGUUCGUGUGACCCCGGACAAAUUCAAUGURRWGAACCCGAACGAACAMUGGUACUACRCUGUCAGCGGGCAACACAAUGCCAAGGUUGUACUGGAGUUGAGAAACCACGAGAUUUGGGAGAAACAUACCUUCUACGACUGGCCCUUCAAGCCUUUGUACUUCGCCGACGAGGACUUUGACGGUUAUACACAGAUAAGCGUGAACGAGAAUAGGAAGGACAAGUUAGCCCCUCCUCGGGCUCAGCGGUUGUCAAUGAUAGACAUUCGUCAGGAGUGGAAUAACUUGAAGCGUCCUCAUGCUGUCACCGGCAAUAUAAAGUUCAAGAAGGAUUUGGUCAGUAAAUAUGAAGAGUUUCAGAAAGCCGCCUUAAGGAAAACGCCUUACUUCAACCUUUGGGGGUUGGCUGAUGAGAAAUCGAAGAAAAAAGAAUGGACGGAGAGACUGAGGUACUACUUACCUCUGGUGAUGACGGACGAUGAAACGUGGAUGCUUGGCAUGAAAUUCUACGACGAGUGGGAAAAGGGCCAUCUGCUCGCCCCUGAUGGCGCUGUGUGGACGAAGAGGCCUCCAACAACGGACCCGAAAGUCACCCGUGAGGGUCAGUCAUUUGCGAAGGACAACAGUGGCCAUAAGAGAGUUGUGUAUAAUGUGCGUGUGAAUGAUCCGGAGAUGCGGAAAGGCAAGAAGAAAAGGAAACUGGAGGACCGCGACUUUUUCGUCCAGGUGAAUGAACCCGACGUGCAUUGUUGGAAAGACUUGGGGGAUUUUACAUACGCGGAGAAACGUCGGAUUCUGCGAGGGUUGCUGGACCUGGAUAUUGUCUGGGUGCAACAAGGAAGCAAGAAGCUGAUUGAGCAGGGAAGGGUUGGGAUGAAAGAUGCUUGUGAAAUGGUCAAGCAAGAUCGGAUGUUGCUCCGACUGUGGCAUAUUGUGCAAUUCCAGCACGAGGGCCGCGACAACGAUGAUUGGAAUGCCUCCUUUUUUCCGGACGAAGAGCAAUUGAUGGCAGAGUACGCCUCCAAGGGACUGGACGAGAAAUUGUGGGCGGGCUGCAGGAAAUGGGUCACAGAUCACUCGUACCUCAAGGGGUGCCCCCAGUAUCUCGGCUGUCCAUGUGAUAAGGACGUGGCAGCAACGAUGAAGUUGGUUAAUCACGAGAAGUUUGCUACUGAAUGGAAGCGGGUUGUGUUGUUCAUGCUCAAAGGCGAACGUGGCAAGACAAAAGAGGGGCCGCAAACACUGGGAGAAUGCACCACCAUCAAAUGGAAGGAAACCAAGCAAGUGACAACCCUCGCACCAUUUGCUUACGACGCCUUCACGACUUUUCUAAGAAAAGAUGAGAUGAGGAAAGUUGUGACGCAGCUGCGAUGCCACACUUGCAUCAUUGACUUCUGCGAUCCCGUCGACCGAGCACRUUKGAAUGACGAGGCUUUCCGAUCAUUGGCGGCAUUCCUUGAAGCURUKUKUCCWGAUUUCWGGACUUUAAUUGCUUUUGUUCCCAGGCAGUGGGACCUUUCCKUCAUGGGUCUUCUCCACAUUCUUCCUGUCACGAAUGGUUGUGCAGGAAAAUGGGUUCGGAGGAGUCAAGUUAAGAAGCACUACCAAAUCGGGAACAGUGUGUGGGCCGACGAGUACAGGAUGUAUGUUUUUUUCCACGGGGAAGAUCUGAAGCUUAACACCCCGCCGACAUAUGAGGGACGAUUGCCGGACGAUGACACUGCAGCUCUUGGGAAAAGGCAAAAGGUGACACCCUCGGACAUUGCCGAAACACAGUUCACGACCAUGACGUAUGCAUCGGCAGGUGUGCACCACCUGAAGGGGUUCGUCUAUAAGGAAAUGGAGGGCAACCCGGGUAUGUUAUCGGGUCACAUAGAGUUCUUCUGCCCAGUCGAGAAUGCAGUUAUGUUCAUCGGCAAAGCACACGCCCAGGUUGUGUGGCAUCUCCUCAAGAGUGAGCGCCAUGUUGUGGCCAUCGAGGGAGACACAGAGCUCCUCAACUUCUCGAUGACAUUUGUUGCACACGAGGUGCAGAAAGAGGUCGACCAUGAUCCACACAGGAACAUGUGGUUCAAGCUGUCAGCUGAGAAAAGGGCGAAUGUAUACAAGUUUCUGUUCCUCGACACAAAACCGAAACUAAGAUUCGAGGACGACUACAAGUGUCGCCGAGAUGUCGUGAUUGGUGCAUUGGAUGGCUUUCAUGGUGCUUCUAGGGAGGCUGCGGCCAACUUCGUGGAGAAACUUGAGGAAUGCUAUUUCGACAAUGGCAAGGUAAACUGCCGUCAACCAGACGACCUUGUCGUCAGAAUGUUCGGAGAGCAGACAUUCGAGAUUCUUCAGGAGCACAACAUGUUGGAGCUCUGUCGUGACUUUUAUUACCUCGAAACAAGUCCAAGUUAUGAAAGCAAAAUUGACUGGCAUAUUCCACCGCCUGCCCCAACACGAGGAGAGGGAGCUGGACGGGGCGGCCGUGGAGGAGAUGACGAAGGAGGGGACGGAGGAGGUGAGGAUAGAACCCACGGCGGCGGUUACGGGGGACCCGAGGCGCCGGUUACGGGUGACAACUUAGGGGGCGGCGCACGGCGCGGAAAUGUUACGAGCCCGGAAGGGGUCACGAUCGCAAGCGGAAAGGGUGCUAUGGCUUCGGUAGAAGGUGCGAGCUCACAAACUGGGCAGGGAUCACCACAGGUUGAAUCUCCACUGCCGACCCAUGCGCUGCAAGCUGCUCAACUCGUUGGGCAAGUACAUGGCUCAUUUCCCGCCAGCGGAUGUAUCCGCGGCACAGUCACGAUGGAUGGCGGAAUAGGUGUCAUGGAUUCAAUAGAAGGUGCGAGCUCACAAACUGGGCAGGGAUCACCGCAGGUUGAAUCUCCAUUGCCGACAAUGUAUCCGCUCGGUGCUGAAGUCGUUGGGCAAGGAAAUCGCUCAUUUCCCGGCAGCGGAUGUAUCCGCUAUACAGUUUCUGCCGGAUCGAAUUUCAUGGCAGAUGCGGAGUCGGUCGACGUGGCUUCCACCAAGGAUCCAGAACGCGACACUCGGAAGUGCGAAGUUGUUACGGAUGCCACUUUCCUUCGCGGAGAGAAUGUGGUGGAGAAAACUGUAGGCGGGUCGUACUCCCCCAGAAGGAUAGAUUCUCUUGCGAGUCCUUGUGCAACUGGGUCUGAGGUGGAUAAGGGGCGGGUUGGCCUUUUUUCUGCCGGUCCCGGAUGUAUCUGCCAUCCAAGCGGGCGCGUCGGUGUGGAGCAGAAUGAGGACUUAGCUGUCGGAAGCAUUUCGGCCGGUGGCGGAUAUAUCCGCUCCUCGACGCAUCAACUCAGCAGCACCGACGACACCCUUGCCCUGGGUAGGGAAGACCAGGAGACUGCACCCUUUGACACACAUUACGGUGGUUCCGAGGGCGGGCAUGUCCCUCUGACAAAUGCACCGGAGGAACAUGCACGCGGGUCAUACAAGGGGCGCGGGCUGCGUGAUGGCGGUUCUUUAGCCGGCGCCGGAUGUAUCCGUCGUCCAGGGCUUCGUGUCAGUGCAGAGCAGAAGGAGGAGUUAGUUGUCAGACCCGUUUCCACCAGCGGCGAAUCUAUCGGCUCCUCGGCGCAGCAGCCACGUAGCACGGAUAACACCCUUGCCAUGGGUGUGGAAGACCAGGUGACUCCACCACCUGAUACACGUUGUGGCGGUUCCCAGGGCGGGUAUGUCUCGCAAUUAUGUUCAGGGUUUCCUGACAUACGGCCCUCCAAAAUCCAUAUGGCCACAGUCAUGUCGGGCGACUGCAAUGCGGACGAGGAUGUCACCAUGCUCGAAGUGGAAGACCUGUCUGUCCGUCGUCCGAUCGAAGAUGAUCUUGUCAAGACACUCUUCCACGAUUCCCCCGUUGGCAUCUCUCCCUCUUCACAAUUAUUUACUCCUCAAGAUGAGAGUUCUUGCCAUCCGUGGGAGUGGUGGGACAGCUGGUCGUCCUGUAGAGUUGUGCCUUGAUGCUCCGGAAAAAGCCGUUUGCCUCAUCGACGCGGACAUUAAGGACUUGUCCCGACUUCCAUCCUAGUUAGAUCG